AUGGAUAAGAUCAGAGAAAAAAUGAACUCUCUCCGCAUCGAGGCGGAUGAGGCCCAUGCGACUGUCGAAGAGCUCAAGGCCAAGGUCAAGACUCUGGAGCAGGAGAACCUGGCCAAGGAGCAGGAGAUCACUUCCUUGACACACCGCAACCAACUCCUCGAAGGCGAGGUGGAAAAGAUCGAAGGCAACAUGAAGGAAUUCAAGGACAAGGCCGAUGUCAGCGCUCAACAUGAUACCCAGAACGAGGCUUUGCAGAGACGCCUCCAGCUUCUCGAGGAGGAGGCUGAAGAAGCCGAUAAGAACCUGCGCGAGACCAAUGAAAAGCUCCGUCAAACCGAUGUCAAGGCGGGCCACUACGAGCGCAAGGUCCAGGCUUUGGAAUCAUCCAACACCCAGUGGGAAAGCAAAUACGAGGAGAUGGCCAAGAAAUACACCGACCUGCAGAAGGAAUUGCACGAUCUGGAGGUUUCGAUUAGCAAUGUUUAA